UUUAGGGUUACCAACUGACCGAAGCCUGGUGUGCAGUUUUUCUCUUUGUUUCGUUUAGUGUGUGAGAGAGAGAGAGAUAGAGAGAGAGAGAGAGCUGAGGCAAGGGAAAAUGGAUGCUUUCGGGGGUUUCUACGUUGAUCAGAACGCCAUUCACAUUGAAAACCUCUUCUUACAAUUCCUGAGAAGCUUCAAAUUGGAUGGGCAAAAUGAGGUGUUCUAUGAGUCAGAGAUCGAAGUUAUGAAAUCAAAGGAAUUAACCACAAUGUUUGUUGACUUUUCACAUGUCAUGCGCUUUAAUGACAUCUUACAGAGGAACAUAUUGGAAGAAUACAUCAGGUUUGACCCUUAUUUGAGGAAUGCAUGCAGACGUUUUGUGAUGGAGCAAAGGCCGGCUUUUAUUGCAGAUGAUAACCCUAAUAAAGACAUCAAUGUUGCUUUCUAUAAUAUUCCUCUUUUGAAAAGGCUGAGAGAUAUUAGGACAGCUGACAUCGGGAAGCUUGUUUCAGUAACUGGAGUUGUUACUCGGACCAGUGAAGUUCGGCCUGAGCUUUUGCAGGGGAAUUUUAAAUGCUUGGAUUGUGGUGGAGUCAUUAAAAAUGUAGAACAGCAAUACAAGUACACAGAACCAAUCAUAUGUGUGAAUGCCACAUGUCAAAAUCGAAAUAGAUGGGCGCUUCUUCGGCAAGAGAGCAAAUUUGCGGAUUGGCAAAGAGUUCGAAUGCAGGAGAACUCUAGUGAGAUACCUGCAGGCUCUUUGCCACGAUCCUUGGAUGUCAUUCUUCGGCAUGAGAUUGUUGAGCAAGCCAGGGCAGGUGACACGGUUAUUUUCACUGGUACGGUGGUUGCCAUACCGGAUAUCUUGGCACUAGCUUCUCCAGGUGAGAGAUCAGAGUCUCGGCGAGAAGGGCCUCAACAACGGAAUGCUUCUGGUGGAUUUGGAGGAGUCAGUGGUCUUCGAGCAUUGGGAGUGAGGGAUCUCUCAUAUCGCAUUUCUUUUGUCGCAAACUCAGUGCAGGUGCCGAAUGGGGGACGGGAUGGUGAUGUUAGAUACAGAAGGAAAGAUGGAGAUGCAGAUGAGAUUCCACAGUUCACAUUGGAAGAAAUAAAUAAAAUGCACGCAAUGAGGAACACCCCAGAUUUUUUCAAUAAGCUCGUUGAAAGCAUUGCUCCGACUGUUUUUGGCCAUCAAGAAAUCAAGCGAGCUGUUCUGCUGAUGCUUUUGGGGGGUGUUCACAAGAUUACUCACGAAGGCAUCAACUUAAGGGGGGACAUAAAUGUGUGUAUUGUAGGAGAUCCAAGCUGCGCAAAAUCCCAGUUUCUCAAGUAUGCUGCUGGUCUAGUUCCCCGCUCAGUCUACACAUCUGGGAAAUCCUCAUCUGCAGCGGGAUUGACUGCAACCGUUGCUAAGGAGCCGGAAACGGGGGAGUUUUGCAUUGAGGCUGGAGCACUGAUGCUUGCUGAUAAUGGAAUAUGCUGCAUCGAUGAAUUUGAUAAGAUGGAUAUCAGAGAUCAGGUUGCUAUCCAUGAAGCAAUGGAACAGCAGACUAUAAGCAUCACAAAAGCUGGAAUUCAGGCUACACUAAAUGCCAGAACAUCCAUUUUGGCGGCGGCCAAUCCCGCUGGUGGGCGCUAUGACAAAGCAAAGCCACUCAAGUACAAUGUCGCCCUCCCUCCUGCCAUCCUUUCUAGGUUUGAUCUUGUGUAUGUGAUGAUUGAUGAGCCUGAGGAUCAAACAGAUUACCAUAUUGCACACCAUAUUGUAAGAGUUCAUCAGAAACGUGAGGAAGCACUUUCUCCUGCUUUCACCACCGCACAGAUCCAGCGUUACAUUAUGUAUGCAAAGACCUUGAAACCAGAGCUAAGUGAAGAAGCUAAAAAGGUGUUAGUCGACUCAUAUGUAGCUCUUCGCAGAGGUGAUACCGCUCCAGGUAGCAGAGUCGCUUACCGGAUGACAGUGAGGCAGCUGGAGGCACUAAUCAGACUCUCUGAAUCCAUUGCUCGGGUUCACUUGGACCUUCAGGUUCACACAUCACAUGUCCGUAUGGCAGUGAGGCUGCUCAAAACAUCCAUAAUCAGUGUUGAGUCGAGUGAGAUUGAUCUAUCUGAUUUUCAACACGAUGAACCUGAUGGAGAUUCUGGUCAUAGAGAUGCUGACCAUGAUAGUGUGCAGCCUGGUACAGCUGAACAGGAAGCACCAGAAGAAAAUACAGGAGAUAAUGAAGGAUCUGGUGGUCCAAAGAAGAAAAUGGUGAUCACUGAAGAGUAUUUUCAGAGUGUUACACGAGCACUGGUUAUGGGCAUUUGGCAGCAUGAUGAAGCAGCAGAGCAAGAUGGGAGUGGAUUGGCUGGCAUGAGACAAGGUGAUCUAAUAGAGUGGUACGUGGAGCAACAAAACCGCCAGGGUGCAUACAACAGCACGGAUGAAGUGGUUGAGGCAAUCAAGUGCCUCAGAGCCAUCAUAGAGAGAUUGAUACGAAGAGAGGGACAUUUGAUUGUUCUUGAUGAUGGAGAUGGAUCAGUGAGAGAGGGGGAAGGAGCCAGGCCUUUGAGUGAGAGAAGGAUUUUGGCUGUGGCCCCAAACUAUGUCAUUGAUUGAGGCUUUUACUUAAUUUGCCAAUCCCCUCUCUCUUUGAAGGAUGGUAUCUUGCUGGAAUUUGCAGGUGAAUCCCUUUUUCAGCAUAACAUGGUUGGGUUUUCCAAAUGCAAUCACAAUUUCCUUCCAUAAUUUAUUGGUUAAUGUCUUCCAAACUACAGAUGUAUAUAUUUGGUUCCUUGGAUGGCGACCUGUUGUAUCACCACAGCUUCGCUUUUGAAGAGUAUUCUUUUCUUUGCUUAGUGAUUGAAGGGCUUUUGCUCUUUCAAGUUGGAAUUUCAUGGUGGGUGGUUUAGCAUUCUAUGAAAACGUUUUCCUCAUGAGUUAUUGUAGAAGCAAUGCCUUAAUUC